AUGGGAAAUAGUGACUUUGCCAAGCAAAAGACAUUCGUUAAACUCAUGAAGAAGAGCUUUGCAACGAACUGGCGUUUCGCAGUUGUCACCUACGGAGAAAGGGCGUCGGUUGAAACCAACUUAACUCAAAAUGUAAAUAUCAGUGAGUUUGAAAAAGCUGUAGACAGAAUAGAAAAGGACGAGGAUGGUAAGACGGGGGUACAAUUGGGCAUGGCCAUGGACUUAGCUACCACUGAAAUAUUUUCAAAAACAAGACCAGGGAUAACAAAACUAGCUGUAGUUCUUACCGAUGGAACUCCAAUGGCUGGUUUAGACAGUAGUGAGGUCAAGCGAACCCUCCGAGAUUCAAGGAAAGCGGACGUCCGUGUGGUCACUUUAGGAACUGGUAAAAGUGUCGAUCCUAAGGAAUGGCGUAGUGUGCUCCAACGAAACCAAGACUUGAUUCAGUUACAAGAUUCGCACGAUCUGAUGUUUAAAAUUCGUGACAACGCAGCAGCCAUAUGCACCGCAGCUGGUGAGUAUCGUUGCAUUUUUUGAGGUAUGUAACUGCUGCAGCCCGGCGCUACAAGUAUAGUCGCUGCCAUUGAAGGCGUAGCUAGAAAUUGUCUAGAGGUACGCCGGUUUUCAGACCAUCCAUUAUCCAUUUCCAAAGUUAUUUUCACACGCUGGUGACUUGUCUUGUUUUUAAUCGGUACGGUGAGAUGAUCCUCAGUCUUGAAAUUGAUCCUAGUGUGCCAGUAGCAGCAGAGAAACACACCACAUUUUAAAGAGGAGUCAGUAUAUGACAAAGGUUUAGAGCAUCGCUUUUAAAUAUCCCUUGUUUAUCUUCUGUUCUUUUGCCUUGCUUUACAUUUCUAUUUUGUUUUUGUUUUUUCUCUUAUACUGGUUAACUGCGUAUCCCUUGUAUAGCAUUUUUUGACCUUCUGAACAACGGUGUCCAGGUCAUUAGCCCAUACCUAUGGCACCUGGGGUCAAUUAAAUAAAACUUUUACAAGUGUAAUUGUAGCUAUUGUUUCCUGACCCUAAAACAAUGGCUACACUUGUAAAUUACGCUUGUUAAAGUUUUAUUAAAUUGACCCCUGGCCAGGCUUUAUAUCAAACACUGAAUACAUACAAGUUUCCACAUAUUUACACGCAGAACUGCUAGAGAAACCCACAUGUGUGCAUGCCGUGGACAUCGCUUUUUUGAUGGAUUCAUCGGAUAACAUCGACGCAGAAAACUUUCAAAAACAAAAGUCGCUGGUGAUAUCUAUCGCAAGGAGCUUUGGAAUCUCACCAAACACUAGCCGAGCGGCUGUGGUUCUCUACAGCGACAAGGCUUCAGUUCGUUUCCGAUUUGGAGAUUCAAUGAGCACUAAGUUGUUUGAAAAUACUGUUCGAGAUUUACCACAUAUAAGGGGAGAAAGCAGAAUGGACAAGGCCUUUGAGGUCGCUGCCAAUGACAUUUUUCCCAGUGGCCGAGUUGGAAUACCUAAAAUAGCUUUUGUGGUUGCAAAUGGUCAGCAAGCGUCUGACGCGAACUUGUUGGAUGUAGCUUCGAAAACGCUGACAAAGGAGGAGUAA